AUGACCGGAUUGGACCCGGAGAAAGAGACAAUCAUGUCCAUAGCAUGCUUCAUCACAGAUGCUCAGCUGAAGCUUCAGGACGAGCAAGGCUGGGAGGCAAUCAUACAUCACGACAAGUCUACUCUAGAUCGAAUGGGCGAGUGGUGCACCAAAAUACAUGGAGCGUCAGGCUUGACAGCAGCUUGCGUUGCAUCCACUACGACCAAGGAACAGGCAGCGGAGGGUCUACUCGAAUACGUCAAGAAAUAUGUCCCCGAAGGACGCAGAGGCUUGCUAGCUGGUAACAGCGUACAUUGUGACAAGGCAUUCCUCAACAAGCCUCCCUACAAUAGGAUCACGGACUAUCUAAGCUACCGGAUAUUGGAUGUCAGUAGUCUGAAAGAGGCUGCGAGGAGAUGGGCUCCCGAGGCAGUCUUACUGGAUGUGCCUUCCAAGAAACUUCUCCAUCAGGCCAGAGAAGACAUUUUGGAAAGCAUCGAGGAAGCCAAGUACUAUCGCGAGAAAUGUUUCGUGAGGUGA